AUGAUCGUGGAAAAGUACUUCCGCGAGUCGCAUCCUGAAAUCGAGCCUGCGCCGACGUGUGGAGGUAGCGCUCUCGUGGCCAGAAGCGGGACGAAUCGACGAUUCCGGCGCCUGCGGCUGCUGCAGGCUGCCGGCGGCGACGACCGGAUCAGCGCCCUCCCCGACGAUCUGCUCCUCCUCGUCCUGCGACGCGUCGACUCGCGCACGGCGCUCCGCACAGGGCUGCUAUCCAGUCGCUGGGCCCGCCUCCCACGCGAGCUCCCUGCCCUCGACUUGAGGGUCGGCGACAUACUACCGCGGCGCUACCGCCGAUGGGUCCUCCUCCACAGCGACAUUUAUCACAAGGGAACUCAUAUACUGUACAGACUCGACGGCAUAAAGGAGCAGCUCAUGCCUAACAUCAGGAGAUACCAGCGCCGCGCCAUGCGCGCCUUGUCCAGAUCCGUCAAUAGUCUCUUGGACGCCCAAGCUCACCGAAAAGUUGAUAGGCUGAGGCUCGAGUUCUUCAUCACCCACAACACAGCCUGCAUGAACCGGCUAAUUUCCAAGGCCAUGGAUGCUUGGGGGAUCAGUGAACUCGAGGCUGUUGCCAAGCCAACUCACUGGCAUCAAACAGUCCACACUUUUCCCAGCCAUGGCCUCUGCCAAGAUCCCCGCUCGUCGUCCCUGAGGAGCCUCAAGCUUGGAGGUUGCCUGCUCCCGCCGCUGCACGACUACAACGCGCUCUCUACGCUCGUCCUGCACGACAUACCGGAGUUGUCCGGGGCAGCCUACGAGUGCAUCUUCACCUCAUGCACGCGGCUACUGGUGCUGCACCUCGACUCCUGCAGUUGCACUAAGGAUAAGGUCGUGGUGGUGGAUGCCCCCAGCUCAGAGAUCAGAGAGCUCGUCGUCCACGAGUGCAAAUUCUCGAUGUGCCUCAGGGCACUUCCCAAACUCGAGAGCCUAGCCUCGAUCGAGACCGGAGUGCACUUCGAAUCAACUUCAUUCCCCUGCCUCAGGCGAUGGAACCUCGCACGUGACAUCGGUGUCAGAUUGGACGGAUUGCGCCAAUACUUUGCGCAGCACCUAGAACUGGAUUUGUUUCUUGAAUGCACCCCGGAUAUAAGCGACCUGAUUAUCCGCUUCACCGGACCUGACAGAUGGAUCGAGCCGUCUAGCUCCCCGUCGUCAUUACUGUUGCCUAACCUCAGGCGGCUGCUGGUCGCCGAUGUGCCUUCGUCCUGGGAUGUGUCAUGGCCCCGUCUUCUCCUUGAGGUGGCACCCUCCCUCGAGAUCUUCCACAUCCACAUUGCCCCUUGCAUGGAGGAGCCGGGCGAUGAGAUAUCAUGGCAGCCCGCAAAGCUUCGGCGGCAUCACCUGAAGGAAUUUGUAAUGGCUGGUUUUGAGGGGACGGAAAGGCAGAUUUACCUAGUCAAGUUUGUCAUGGGAGUAUGUACGGCAUUGCGCCGUGUCGCCCUGUUCAAGAGUGGACAUGCUCUGGAUAAGGGGCACUGGGACUGGGAGAUGGUGACGCAGCAAAGCACAUGGAGUGAAGAAGAGAAGGGCUCGUUGCUGGAGCAGAUCACGGAUGGGGUUUCUUCCUCCACAGCUCCUGUUCAACUGAACUUCGGCUGA